GCAUUUGAACUCAGGUCCUCCUGAAUCCAGGGCCGCUGCUCUAUCCACUGCGCCAUCUAGCUGCCCCUGGAAGGACUCUUUAAGAUCAUCUAGUGAAAUCUCAUUUUUUAUAAAGUAACUAACAAAUACUUUGAAUUUAAAAAUAAUGGAGGUAAACCAUCAUGUUGUUUUGUUCUUUUUGAACAUUCCAUCCUCAAAUGUUCCUUAGUAGAUAAAGCUAACUACGGAUUUCAUGCAAGAUACUGAAGUUUUUAACUGUGUAGGCAAAUGGUUUGGCUUCUGAUCUGUUUUGACUUCUCUCAGAUAAUAAGUAAAAACUCCUGUGGGUUUAUGUUGGGUUAUAAAGAAAAUGCAUGUGUCAUUUAAGGCACCAAUUUUUUUGUUUCCUUAAAGUUACUAAGGAUUUUUUCCGUUAAUGACAACCAUUACAUAUUCAAUGCAAAAAAAGAGAUAAGUGUGAAUCACAUCUAAUAAAAACAUGGCAAAAAUAAGCCUUUCAGUACUCAACUAAAAAUAUGUUUGUAAAACCUUCAAGAUGGAAAGUAAGUUAAAUGUCAAUUAUUAAAAACUAUCUGUAAUACCUUAAGAUCAUAAAUGAGUUUAAUCUGGACAUAAACCACAACGAAAUUAAGAACUUCAAGCAUUCUGUAUAUUAAAGACAAUUUAAUAAUCAGCAAGGGAGUAUUCCUCUCUUUCACAGACACUGGGCUCCUGAAAAGAAAGUUGGUAGUUUAGCACAGUAUCUAGGACAUAGUAGGCUUGUUAAUUGAUUGGUUUAGACCAGAAAUGUAAGACUUUAACCUAACUGGACACUUUAGUGCUUGUUUCUGGCGACCAUAACUUGGUAUUCGCUAUUGCACCUCACUCAGAAAGACUAGCCUAAAGGAAGAAUAAAUUUCUUUUAGCUCCUGCUCUACCGGUGCCACCUGAAAGGAGGCGUAAUCAUCACUUCCGAAGACUGAUGGUGAAACGCGCCUCCUGUUUCUCAGCAGGGAGGUGAUGAGCCCGAGACAACGGCUGAGGCACAUACAUUUUCAGAUCUCAUCACUUAUUUGUCACAACGGAGAAGGCUCUAUGACAGAGUCAGUGGAAAUCAACAAAGCUGCUUUAAAAAAAAAAAGAGCAUCAAUGAAACAUUAAGGGGAAAAAAAUAAGCUGGAAUGAAGCAGCUAUUCAGAGAAAACGCAGACGACCACAGUCAAGAAGAAAACUCUUCUUGGUUCAGUGACCAAAAUGAUACUUUCCAGAUGACUAACAUUUCCAGGAUGAUGGUCCAGGAUAGAAAGAAAAACACUUACUACUUAAUAAUGUACAAUAUUAAAUACCACAAUGAUUCAUCCUUUCAAUGAACUAAGCACUGGUACCCUGUCUAUUCUCUAUCACACGUAGAGUAUUCAGGGAUAUAGGGAACCUAUUACACAGUCCAUUUCACAGGUGUCUUCAGGUAUGACCCCGUUCCUGGCCUCUCCUCCUGCUUAUGGGGGCUCUGGUUCAGACAGAAAGGCUCCCCGCAGAGCUUCAAAUACACUGGCAAGAAAUCGAGACUGUUCAGGACUACAAUCCCCAGAAGCCAUCUCGGGCACCUCAGCAUCCGGGGCAGUCACCGCACGGGAUACCUGGGAGUUGUGGUCCUUUCCUUCGUUGGAAGUCCCGAUUCACGCUAGGAUUGGACAGGCGUAACCGACCACAACUCCCAGCAGUCCGUCCGGCUUCACGGGGGUGCUUCACGUUCUCAUGGCGCGACGCAGGCGCACUCGGUCCUCGGCGCGGACCGCGCAGACUGAAUAAUAAAAGGGGAGCGGCGAAGAGGGAGGAAGACAGGACCAUGUCGAAGGGCCCCGGGCCUGGCGGCUCCACGGCUUCCUCGGCGCCCCCGGCCGCCACCGCCCAGGUGCUGCAGCAGCCCGAGAAACCGCAGCACUACACGUACCUAAAGGAGUUUCGCACAGAACAGUGCCCGCUCUUUGUGCAACACAAAUGUACCCAGCACCGGCCCUACACCUGCUUCCACUGGCACUUUGUUAACCAGCGUCGCCGUAGGUCCAUCCGCCGCCGAGAUGGCACCUUCAACUAUAGCCCUGACAUCUACUGCACCAAGUAUGAUGAGACCACAGGCCUCUGCCCAGAGGGAGAUGAGUGCCCGUUCCUGCACAGAACCACAGGGGACACCGAGCGACGGUACCAUCUACGCUACUACAAAACUGGAAUCUGCAUCCAUGAGACUGAUUCUAAAGGAAAUUGCACCAAAAACGGCCUGCAUUGCGCCUUUGCUCACGGGCCCCAUGACCUCCGCUCUCCUGUCUAUGACAUCAGGGAGCUCCAGGCAAUGGAGGCCUUACAGAAUGGUCAAGCUGCAUCUGAGGGGAGUAUCGAGGGUCAGUCGGCUGUGGCUGCAAGCCACGCCAUGAUAGAGAAAAUCCUCAGUGAGGAGCCACGGUGGCAAGACACAACCUAUGUCUUAGGGAAUUACAAGACUGAGCAGUGCAAGAAGCCUCCUCGGCUCUGUCGCCAGGGAUACGCCUGCCCGUACUACCAUAACAGCAAAGACAGACGGCGGAGCCCCAGGAAACAUAAAUACAGGUCCUCCCCUUGCCCAAGUGUGAAACACGGGGAUGAAUGGGGUGACCCUGGCAAAUGUGAAAAUGGAGAUGCCUGCCAGUACUGUCAUACUCGAACGGAGCAACAGUUCCACCCGGAGAUCUACAAGUCCACCAAGUGUAACGACAUGCAGCAAUCGGGCAGCUGUCCCCGAGGUCCUUUCUGCGCCUUUGCCCAUGUUGAACAGCCCCCGCUUGGCGAUGAUUUUCAGUCUUCUUCAGCUGUGCCCAGUCCCACACAGGCUGGCACUGUGAUGUACAUGCCAUCAGCAGCAGGGGACUCGGUGCCUGUGAGCCCCUCCAGCCCUCAUGCCCCAGACCUUAGUAAUAUACUUUGUAGGAACAGCAGUCUGGGUAGCCCAUCUAACCUCUGUGGCUCUCCCCCGGGCACUAUCCGAAAGCCACAGAACCUAGAAGGUAUCAGCUUCCCUGGGGAGGCGAGCCCAGCACCCAGUAGCUACAAGAAGGCCCCCGGCUUUGAGAGGGAGGACCAAGUUGGAGCUGAAUAUCUAAAGAGCUUCAAAUGCCAGGCCAAAAUAAAGCCCCAUUCUCUGGAACCUAGGAGCCAGGAGCAGCCUCUGAUACAGCCCAAACAGGACAUACUGGGCAUCCUCCCGGUGGGCAGCCCCCUGACCUCCAGCAUCUCUUCUAGUAUCACUUCCAGCUUGGCAGCCACACCCCCCAGUCCUGCAGGCCCCAGCGGUGUCCCUGGCAUGAAUGCAAACGCCCUGCCCUUCUACCCUACUAGUGACACAGUGGAAUCGGUCAUAGAGUCUGCCCUUGAUGACUUGGACCUGAAUGAGUUUGGAGUAGCUGCCCUGGAAAAGUCAUUCGACAGCAGCACAGUGCCUCACCCAGGUGGCAUCAUGAUUGGUGGCAGUUUGUUACAGAGCUCUGCCCCUGUGAACAUCCCUGGCUCCCUAGGCAGCUCGGCUUCCUUUCAUUCUGCCUCCCCCUCCCCUCCUGUCAGCCUUUCUUCACACUUCCUCCAGCAGCCCCAGGGCCAUCUGAGCCAGUCAGAGAACACUUUCCUGGGGACAUCAGCAUCACAUGGAUCAUUAGGUUUAAAUGGAAUGAACAGCAGUAUCUGGGAGCACUUUGCCUCUGGGAACUUCUCCCCAGGCACGUCGCCAGCGUUUCUGUCGGGCCCAGGGGCUGCUGAGCUGGCCAGGCUCCGACAAGAGCUGGAUGAGGCCAAUGGGACCAUCAAGCAGUGGGAGGAGUCAUGGAAGCAGGCCAAACAGGCUUGUGAUGCUUGGAAGAAAGAGGCCGAGGAGGCCAGUGAGCGGGCUAGUGCUGCUGGCAUGGAGUGUGAGCUGGCCCGGGAGCAGCGGGAUGCCCUGGAGGUGCAGGUGAAGAAACUUCAAGAAGAGCUGGAGCGAUUGCACUCUGGGCAGGACCCCCAGACCCUGUGCUCGUUCUCCGACCUCGAGGCCCUCUCACUCUCCACCUUGUACUCCCUGCAGAAGCAGCUCAGGGCCAACCUGGAGAGAGUGGAAAAGGUGGUAUUCCAGAUGCAGUCACCUGCAAAGUGUCUCAAGUGUCAAGAGCAGCAUCGGGUGGUGCUACAGUGCCAACACACCGUGCUGUGUGAGCUGUGUGCAGAGGACAGCGAGUGCCCCGUCUGCCACCCGAGCUGUGCCCGCCCUCCCCUCCAGUCAUGACCCCCCAGGCCAGAUUACAGCACAUAGAACUUUUUAAAGUACAUAUAUAUAUAUAUAUAUAUAUAUAUAUAUAUAUAUUA